AUGGACCUUGUUCUGGGCACCUCUUGUGAGCCCAUAGAACUGGCUAGAGAGCUGGAGAAACAAUCUUCACAAGGCACAACCAUGCACCAACGCCGCAGCAGUCUUCCAAGUGGACGCUUGCGGCCAAUUCGCUGCUGGGUGGGCUCCAAUUGCACUGACGCGCCGCCAGAAUAUUUAGUACGCGGGAGAUACACCACAACCGGCCAAUUGUGCACGGCUGUUGUGGUUACCCAUAGCCCUGGCCAUACCUUGAACUGGAACUGGGUGUCGUUGGCCACGUCGUCUAUCGCUCCGUUUGCAAGUGGAGGAUUUCAGGGUCGGGAUAUAUCUCGUGUCAGAUCCCCUAGCGCCCUGGCCCGGUCAAUCUUGCAAUAUCUGAAGAAACGUCGUUCAUUCGCAAAUUUGAGCGUGCCGUCUCCUUUCACGAUUAUUGGCUGCAGAAGCAAACCUUUCGACAAGCUUUCUUUACGCGCUCCUGCUAUGGUACAGGCACAAACCCUGCUUGCCCUCUACCCCGAGAGACUUCACGCACUCCAGGGGUGGUCAACAGGGUCUUUGCUUGGAAGUAAUGCAUCACCAUGA